AUGAAGUUCGUCGUCGCUGUUUUGUCCGUGAUGGUCUGCUCUGCCAUGGCCCAGGUACCUCUCCUUGGUAAAGGAGCUGGAAAUUUCGGCGUUGGCUUCAACAAUGGACAUAUUGCUGGUAAAGGCUAUGGCUACAACCCAUACAAUAACUAUGGCUACAGUGGAUACGGUAACGGUAAAGGUGUUGGCAACGUUGGCGUUGCUGGUACAGGCUAUGACUACAACCCCUACAACAACAUUUAUGGGUACAACGGCUAUGGCUACGGUAAAGGCGUUGGUAACAUUGGUGUUGGCAAAGCUUACGGAAACGGCUAUAUCCCCUACAACUACAACAACAAUGGCUACGGCAAAGGUGUUGGCACAUUCGUAGCUGGACAUGGAGCUGGCCUUUUCCUCGUUGCUGUGGUGUCCGUCAUGGUCUGCUCUGCCAUGGCCCAGGUGCAUCUCCUUGGAAAAGGUGCUGGAAGUUUCGGUGUUGGACAUAUCGCUGGUAAAGGCUAUGGCUACAACCCAUACAAUAACUAUGGCUACAGUGGAUACGGUAACGGUAAAGGUGUUGGCAACGUUGGUGUUGCUGGGGCAGGCUAUGGCUACAACCCCUACAACAACAACUAUGGGUACAACGGCUAUGGCUACGGUAAAGGCGUUGGCAACGUUGGUGUCGGAAAGGAUUACGGUAAUGACUAUAACCCCUACAACUACAACAACAAAGGCUACGGUAAAGGUGUUGCUGGUCACGGAGCUGGUCUUGUUGGACAUGGAACCUUCGUUGGACACGGUCCCUUCAAUGCUGGACAUGGAUCUUUCGUUGGAAACAACGUUGCCGGAAACGGUGUUUAUGGACAUGGUGGACCCUUCGUUGGUCAUAGAGUUGCUGGUUCAUUCGUCAACAAAGCCAGUCCGUAUUACUACCACUAG